CCCGCACCCCGAACGUUAAAACCGCCCUCUCCACUCCCUCUCUCUCCCUCUCUCUCCCUCUCCCGUCUCUAAUUCUCCAUACCCUCCACUUCUUAUAUAAACUCCCUCUUCCCGGCGAUUUCCAAACUUUUGUUUUCCGAGAAAAUUCAAGAUUCCUGAGAAGCAAACAGAAAGUUAGGAAGAGAGAGCUUGUAAUCGGAGCUCGUGAGAGAGAGUUUUUUCGAUCAAUGGUGUAUUCUGUUGAAAGAGAAGAAGUGUUAUGGCAAUGGGACAAGAGAGAUCAAAACCGCCGCUUCAUAAUUUUGAUCUUCCUUUCUUGAAGUGGGGGAAUCAAAGACACCUCCGCUGCAUGAAACUUCCCGACUCCAACACCGCCGCCGACGCCGCCGUUCGGGACAACAAGAACGAGAACAACGGAGGAAGAAUCUCAGUUGAGCGAAACCGUAGCAGUAGCCGAUCUCCACCAAGGAAAUUCGGCAAUUAUGAUAUCCGGCGGUUCAAGCCGCCGAGGGAGAGAUUCGGCGGAGUGGAGGAAGGGAUUGAUGAGGUGAGGGAGAAGAUCAUGCUUGAUCUGAAAACAGCGGCGAAUGAGAUGAAAGACAAGAUUUUGAGGAAAGAAGUGUCGGAUGAUGAUAGUGAAAUCGAAGAGGAACGAUCUCUUCAAUCUCAGUCCCAGUCGCCGCUCAGGGCUGUGGUUGCGGCGGUUGAGGAAGCACCGGCGGAGCCGGAGGUGAGGCCGUGGAAUCUGAGGACGAGGAGAGCGGCAAUUGGUGGAGGUGGGAAUUCAGUUCUAGGGAAAGUGAGUAGUAAUAAUUGUUCACCUUUGAGAAGCGACAGUGCUAAAUCGCCGAGAUUAAGAGGAGAUAAGAGAGAUAGAAAGGAGAAGGAGAAGGAGAAGGAGAGAGCGAAGUUUUCAGUGCCGUUAUCAAAGAAGGAGAUUGAAGAGGAUUUCAUGGUGAUGUUGUGCCAGAGACCUGCUCGGAGGCCCAAGAAACGGCCCAGGAUUGUGCAGAAGCAGAUGGAUGCUUUGUUUCCUGGUUUGUGGCUAGCGGAGGUUACCGUUGAUACUUAUAAGGUGCCGGAGUUGCCGGAAAACGGAAAGAGGUAGCAAUGCUAGUGGCGGUCUUGGUGCGAGGUUCAAAUCUCAAGCCUUCACUUUGCUGACUGCUCUGGUAACUUUAUGAACCUAACAAGUGGUGUGCAAGAGCAGCCUUCAUCCCUGUGACAUUGGGGAUUUCGUAGAAGAGUUUAUAUUCCUGGUGACUCAUUGAAAUGUUAGUUCAGUUGUUUUGAAAUGCUAAUUUUGUUUUCAUUAAUUAUAAUCUUUUCUAUCAGAAUAAUCUCCUGUAAAGAAAGGGCAAUAAGAUGUUCCAAAACGAAAGGAAUUCCUUGUUCUGUGAGCUCCUUUUUGUUGAGUGCGCUUACAGGUUGAUGUUAAUGAAUGUGAAUUUCAAUUUUUAA